AUGAUGGAGACUCCGGACCGAUAUGACUCGAACAGUCCUUUCGAGCCUUGCUCCCCGCUUUCCCUAGAUUCACCAGCAACGGACGGAUUCGAUUUAUUUGAUAACGAUGGCUACUUCGAAGAGCUGCAGAGUGAUUCUCUUGUUGGCCGGUACAUACUGGUCACCGGUGGACUGGGCUUCAUUGGCAGUCACACGACCUUGGAACUUCUGAAAGCCAACUAUAACGUGCUAAUAAUCGACAACCUCAGCAAUUCCUUCUUGAGUGUCUUGGAGCGGAUCAACUUUCUGGCAUCCAAAUAUCAUGAGCAAAGAGGGACCAAAAUGCCAUCAUUGCGGCUGCAUUCCCAUAAUUUUCGAGACCAACUAGCACUGCGGCAGUUUCUUAAAGAGUACCGGGUUCCCUCCGAAACAGGUCGUCCCAUGUCCAGAAUCGCAGGUGUCAUUCAUUUUGCUGCAUAUAAAGCAAUCGAAGAGAGUAUCCGGGAGCCGUUGAAAUACUAUGCCAACAACGUAAGCGGACUGAUAGACUUUGCAGCAACUCUGGGCGAAUUUGGUAUCAAGACGUUCAUAUUCUCCUCUUCGGCUACAGUAUAUGGAACCCUGGCAACUUCUGGUCUUCCUUUGAGAGAAGAGCUCUGCGUCCAUAGAGAACAGAUCGUUAGAGACGACGAUGGAGUUGAAAAAAUCGUACAACCCGGAUGCACGGGAAUCACCAAUCCAUAUGGCCGCACGAAAUGGAUGUGCGAGACCAUUCUAGCGGACCUGGCCGCUUCAGACCCCGAAUGGACGAUCGUGAAUUUGCGAUACUUCAAUCCAAUCGGAUGCGACUCCUCCGGUCUUCUGGGCGAAGAUCCCAAGCAAGUCCCAACCAACCUUCUACCGGUUGUCAUCAAAGUCAUCACAGGGCAAUAUCAGGAGCUGCAGAUCUUCGGAACAGACUGGGAAACGGAAGACGGUACCGCCGUUCGCGACUUCAUUCACGUUACAGACCUUGCUCGAGGACAUAUUGCUGCUCUCAACGCCGCCAAUGACGGUAAACUGAGAGACAAUUUCCGGGCAUUCAAUCUCGGCGCAGGACGUGGCCAUUCUGUUAUGGAAGUGGUGAACGCCAUGGAGGAGGUCUCAUCCAAGCAUAUUCCGGUAAGAACUACCGGACGUCGUCCUGGUGACAUUGGCUCGUGUGUUGCUGUGGCCACCAGGUCUCACGAAGAGCUUCAUUGGAGGACAGAGAAGACGUUGAAGGAUGCAUGUCUGGAUAUCUGUCAUUUCUUGGAUGUUAGUGGUUUGUCUUCAUAG